CACCAGAAAGGGAUACUAUGGGGCGAACAGCCGGUAAAGAUUCAAUGAAUGUGAAGAAGGAGAGUCAAGAGAAAAGUUCUCAAUCGGACACAUCUACAGAAGAUGAUUUCCAGUGGGAAACUUACUUGAAAGAGACUGGAUCUUUAAGUGCUCCUGUAGAGUGUUUCAGACAGUCUAAGGUCCCACCAACUAAUGAAUUCAAAGUUGGCAUGAAACUGGAAGCGCAUGACCCUCGCAAUAUGACUUCAACAUGUAUUGCCACGAUUAUCGGAGUUACUGGUGCCAGGUUACGUUUACGCCUUGAUGGUAGUGAUGAUAAAAAUGAUUUCUGGAGACUUGUUGAUUCUGCAGACAUACAACCCGUUGGCACAUGUGAACAGCAAGGGGACUUACUUCAGCCUCCACUGGGAUACAAGAUGAGUACAUUAUCUUGGCCGAUGUUCCUUUUGCGAACACUGGAUGGAUCUGAAAUGGCACCUGCAACAUUCUUCAAGGAGGAACCACCAAAGCCACCUCUAAAUAACUUUAAAGUGGGGAUGAAACUAGAAGCUGUAGACAAAAAGAAUCCGGAUAUGAUAUGUCCUGCAACUAUUGGAGGUGUUAGAGGAGACGAAGUUCAUAUCACAUUUGAUGGCUGGAGUGGAGCUUUCGAUUACUGGUGCAAAUACUAUUGCCGAGAUAUUUUCCCAGUUGGGUGGUGUCGUCUGGCAGGAGAUGUAUUGCAACCACCAGGAGCCAAUGUUAUUACAAAGAAUACAGGUAAAAGACAGUCUUCCCUUUCCAAAGCAACCCAGCAGUCAAUGCAGUCUGCAAAGAAAACUGCAACACAACAGACCAGGAAGUCAGGACGGGCUAAACCACCUGUACGUACUCCAGCCCCCAAGAAAGAAAGUUCUGCUAAAAAUGUCACACCAAAGAAGAAAGUCCCAAAAAAGGAAAAAUCUAUUCCUGUUAUGUGUUCCACAUCUACAACUUCUAUAAAGAUGCUGACCAGAGGCAGAGGUUGAAUAGAAUAUAAGGAACCCAGUCCUGGGUCAUGUAAAAUAGUGAUGUCUACAGUGUGUGUUUAUAUAAAUAAACAUGGAGACUGUGGCCCUUACCUGGAUCAGAAUAAAAUUCAACAGUUGCCUGACCACUUUGGCCCGGGCCCUGUGAAUGUGGUGCUCCGGCGUACUGUGCAGGCUUGUGUGGAUUGUGGCAUUGACAGUAAGGCUGUUUUUGGAUUCCUUAAGGCAGAUAAUCGUGGAGGAGAAGUAAUAACUGCCUCCUUUGAUGGGGAAACUCAUUCCAUCCAGCUCCCUCCAGUGAACAGUGCAUCAUUUGCUCUUCGCUUUCUUGAAAACUUGUGCCACAGCAUGCAAUGUGAUAACCUUUUGAGUAGUCAGCCUUUUAGUGCUUGCAGAGGUAAUAUUCUUAGUACCGCAGAGGAUGAUAAAAAUAAACCAGUUGAGGAAGAUGUAACUGAAAAACAAACCACCAAGCGACCUUCUGAGCAGCCUCUAUCUGAUGUUGCUCCUCUCUCUCCUAAGCUCCCCAAAAUAGAGAUGCAUGCCUCUCAAGAAGAACUAUUGUCUUCUGAGGGAAAUGUCAUGCCUAAAGAGGAGACGCUUCCUGAAGAGUCCCAGGACACACCACUAAAUCCAGAAAGUAAUUUGAAUCCUGCCAGUGGAGAUCCUUUAAGCACUGAUACCUCAGUCUCCAAGAAUAUUUCUGAAGGUGUGCCCUUCUCCUUAAGUUCAGCACUACUGGAUACAUCAUCUACCCAGAACAUUCCCCAUGAAUUCCAAAUGCAGAAGAACAGUGAAGCUCCAAGUUAUAUAGCUGUACCUGACCCCAGUGUCCUGAAGCAAGGCUUCUCUAAGGACCCUUCAACCUGGUGUGUGGAUGAAGUGAUACAGUUUAUGAAACAUAAAGAUCCUCAGAUAUCAGGCCCCCUCGCCGACCUCUUCAGGCAACAUGAAAUUGAUGGGAAGGCUCUGCUACUACUCAAAAGUGAUGUUGUAAUGAAGUAUAUGGGGCUGAAGUUGGGGCCAGCUCUAAAGUUAUGCUACCACAUUGAAAAACUUAAAGAAGGGAAACCCAGUUUUAAAAAUAUAUAAGUUUGUAUUAGCCGUGAUUCUCAGUUGUCCUGAUAAUUUAUUAAUCUAAAAGUAU